CGCAACAUUUUUCACAGUCCCACUUUUGGUGCUCUACCAGUCAUACGGAAUCGCAAACACACAAAAAAAUAAUUAGUUAAGAGUUGAAAAUGCAGUUGAAGUUCACCUUCCUCGCUUUUUUGUUGGGGACAUUUGAAAUCAUUUCCGCCACGAACUAUUGCGACAGCUCCUUGUGCAGCUCCAGCAAGCAUAUCGCAUGCAACAACAAUGGGAACUUCGCGUCCUCCUGCAAAAGUCCCAGCUUGGUUACUCUAACACAGGCAAAUCGGAAUGCGAUUGUCAAUGCGCACAAUGUCAAGCGUAAUUUAGUGGCUGGCGGCGGGACGAAUUUGAAGCCGGCUUGCCGUAUGGCCACCAUGCAAUGGGACGACGAACUGGCCGCUUUGGCUGCGUUGAAUGUCAAACAAUGCCAAAUGAAGCACGAUGCCUGCCACAAUACCGAUGCUUUCAAAUAUUCGGGCCAGAAUCUAGCUUGGAUCACUUUCUAUGGUACACCCGACGUUGCGAAAUUGGCGCAACACUCGAUCGAUAUGUGGUAUAAUGAAAUUAAGGACACCAAAUUGGCUUACAUAAAUGCAUAUCCAAAUAAUUAUCAGGGCCUUACUAUUGGCCACUUUACCGUCAUGGUGGCGGAUCGAAAUAUUCGUGUGGGAUGCGCUGCUUCCACCUACGCAGUAUCGGGCAAGUCGUACAAGGCGUUCCUUAUGGCUUGUAACUAUGCAACUACGAAUAUGAUCAACUUCCCAAUAUACAAAGCGUGUGCGACUGCAGCUUCGAAUUGUAAGAAGGGCACCAAUGCAGAUUUUCCAAAUCUUUGUUCUAAAUCUGAAGUAUUUGCUGUAAAUAAAUGGUUCUAAGUACAGAGAAAAACUAUGUAUGUACAGUACCUGGCCAUUGAAUUAUGACCGAUGAUAAAAAUUACAAAAGCAAAAGGUUUUAAAGCA